GUCGCUUCUGUUUUGGUAUCAUCUUGCUAUAAGAAAUUAAAUUUCAUAGUUUACUCAUGAUUUUGCGAAAUAGUAGUUAUAAUUACGAACAUAAAAAGUGGAACUGAUAUUCACCUAACCAUCCGCCAUGAACACUACAGCACCAACUUCGGCAGAUGCAUGCCUGAGUAUUGUCCACUCAUUGAUGUGCCACAGACAGGGUGGGGAGAGUGAGAGUUUCUCAAAACGUGCCAUUGAGUCACUUGUUAAAAAGUUGAAGGAGAAACGGGACGAGUUAGACUCAUUGAUCACAGCCAUAACGACUAAUGGUGCACAUCCUAGCAAAUGUGUUACAAUACAGAGAACAUUGGAUGGCAGAUUACAGGUGGCCGGUCGUAAAGGAUUUCCUCAUGUUAUAUAUGCUCGUAUUUGGCGUUGGCCAGAUUUGCAUAAAAAUGAAUUGAAACAUGUUAAGUUUUGUCAGUUUGCAUUUGAUUUAAAAUGUGAUUCAGUUUGUGUGAACCCCUACCAUUAUGAAAGGGUUGUGUCACCUGGUAUAGAUUUAUCUGGUCUAACACUACAAUCAGGCCCCAGUAGGUUGGUAAAAGAUGAAUACACUGCAGGCCUUAGUGGAAAUGGAAUGGACAUGGACACUGGUGAACUGGUGACCAUUCAGCAUCAUGCUACCAGCCCACGUCAUCAUCACACCACAAUACCACACCAUCAAUUCCAGACCACCAAUAUAAUUAUUAAUCAAGGACAAACGCCAGAGAGCGUUCAGAACAUGUUUUCGACCCACGGGCCGCGGCCGACCAUCCGACCGGCUGGGGCCCCGCCACAGUUGGCCCCACAGAUGGUACACUCGCCCGGCGCCCCGCAAAUGAUCUCAAGCCAUCCAAGCGGAGUUCAGAUGUCUUCACAACAUGUGAUGCCAGGAACACCUCAAAUGGGUCCAGGCACUCCUCAAAUGGGUCCAGGCACUCCUCAGAUGGGGACAAACGUGCCGCAGAUGGCGUCGCCUCGCAUGGCGUCAGCCCCCACUCAAAUGUCGCCGGGCACUCCUCAGAUGCCAAAUAUAAGCCAAGGAAUGUCCAUCCAGAAUUCUCAGCAGAUGGUUAUGGGACAGCAAAGGACUAUAGUUCCUAAACUAGAACCGCCUGAUACAAUGGACGCGCGGGCUAUGUGGCUACCAAAAAGAAUUAAUCAUUCUACAAUGCCAGUGAGCAUGUCACCAGGCGGUACAACUCCACUAAUAGAUGGCACAACUACUACGUUUUUCACAACAGAACAAACUACCACGGAAACUCAGUUGACACAAACUUUACCAGUAGCAGCGGUGUCUGUGGCAGCGGCGACGGUGGGUGCGGUGGCGGGCGUGGGUGCGAGUGUGGCGGCGGCGAGCGUGGGCGUGGAGGUGACUCAGGCGGCGACCCCGCAGCCGCAGCAGAACGGGUUCAGUGCCGGCGGCAGCCCGGCGCCUCAGCCCAGCCCAGUACCGCACCGCACGCAACAUCAACAAGGUCUGGCUAAACCUAAAAUUCAUAUCGCAGUAAUCUUUGACAUCAUGUUUGGUUUUAUUAUUGUAAAAUAUUUGAGAUUACUAUUUGCUAUAAUGUCACUACUUAAUGGCAACCCUGGUGGUCUGCUCUCCAGUCAGCCGGCGCCUGAAUACUGGUGUUCCGUGGCAUACUUUGAACUCGACACGCAAGUUGGAGAAACAUUCAAAGUACCUUCAAGUAGACCUAAUGUCACUGUGGACGGUUAUGUGGAUCCAUCUGGUGGUAACAGAUUCUGUUUGGGAGCACUUAGUAAUGUUCAUAGAACAGAACAGAGCGAGCGAGCAAGAUUGCACAUCGGUAAGGGCGUGCAGUUAGACCUGCGCGGCGAGGGCGACGUGUGGCUGCGCUGCUUGUCGGACCACUCAGUGUUCGUGCAGUCGUACUACCUGGACCGGGAGGCGGGCCGAGCGCCCGGCGACGCCGUCCAUAAGAUAUACCCCUCCGCUUGCAUAAAGGUGUUCGACCUGCGGCAGUGCCACCGUCAGAUGCAGAACCAGGCAGCCACAGCGCAGGCGGCCGCCGCCGCACAGGCCGCAGCAGUCGCCGGACAUAUUCAGCCACAACACGCCGGCAUCAACAAGUGUCUAACAGCGGCGGCAGGUAUAGGAGUGGAUGACCUUCGGCGGCUGUGCAUAGUGCGGUUGUCGUUCGUCAAGGGCUGGGGACCCGACUACCCUCGAACAUCUAUAAAGGAGACACCAUGCUGGGUCGAGGUUCACCUACACAGAGCAUUACAACUGUUGGAUGAGGUGCUACAUACAAUGCCGAUUGAUGGACCCCGGAACAACAUCGAGUAGGAGUUGAUCGGCUUCUUUUGAGGCCUUCGAGCGAACACUCAUAAGACUAUAUGUGCAAUUUUGUGGACGACCAGUGUCGCUGUGAAUGGAUAGUGAGGAUUGAUAUGAAGUGCCAGUUAGUGAAGUUUGGUUGUGUAUAUGUUAAUUAAAGUGCAGUAUAUUUGUGUAAAAGGAUUUAAAUUAUAUAUUAAUAUAUACAGCAAAAUGUAAAGUGAAUAAUUCACUCGAUACUGUAUCAGUGUGAGGGAGACAGAAUAUCUGUUCAAGUAGUCUCGCUCAUUGCUAAUAUGAAUAUUUUUCGAGUACUUGCUUAUCAGAUCAGAUAUCUACUUAACAGAAGAUAUUUUUAUUAACUUUUCGAGCGCUUCGCUAUGCGCUAGUUCCUUGUAAUACAACCUUUUGAUGUUGCCAUAACUUUUAUCUUAAGUUUUCUAAUUUUAUUGAUUUUUUAUAUGUUAGCUGAAACUGUUACAAAUAGAGCCUAUAAAAAAACUAAAUAGAAGAUAUUGAUGCCUAAGCUACCAGUGUCAAGUUAUAGUCAGUAGCAUUUGAUAGAUAAAUGCCGAAGGGUUAAUCUGAAAAUAAUACUAAAUAUUCAGUAACUAUCUUCUAUACCUCUCUGUAUAGACAACAACAUAAAAUUUAUUUUGCAUAUUAAAUGUAACUGUCAUAAUAUUAAGUAGUAAGUAAAUUAGGAAAUUUCGUUUCAGCUAUAACUUUAAUAACAGCAAUUUUCUUACAAAUUUUAUAAAUAAAAUCAAUUAAUACAAUUCUAAGAAUAAAGUUGAAUAUGAAAUGGCAGGAACAAGAAUAAUUGAGGUUUAGAUAUUAGUAAAAUAUGAUGGAUUCUUUUACAUAAAUAUACUACAUAUAUACAUUUAGUAUGUGCCAUCGUACACGAGUUUUUAAGACGGUGCAUGUUUAAUUCACCAUGGUUUGGUUUUGGGAGUACACUGCAUAAUACGGUCUGUUGGAUAAAAUAUUGGUAUGGAGAUAUCAGUGUACUUGCAAAGCAGAAAUAUAUAUAAUCCAGAUAUUUAAUAUAAAAAUAAAUGAACAAUUGUAAGUGCAGUUAAUAUUUUCUUAAAUAUUACAGUAACCUUAUUUUUUACAUGUUACAUAUGUUUUUAUAUAGAAUUUAAUAUUAUAUAUGACAAAAAGAAAAGAAGAGAUUUAUUCUUUAUUAAUGUCUAGGAUUUGGUAUACACAUCACAAAGUGACUUAUUGUUUAGUUUUAAAAAGUGGUUAUUUACAUUUGUUUGCCAUAGACUUGCAUUUAUGAUAUUUGUUUUAAUUUAAAAAAUAUAUUUUCAAUUUCGGCCUCGUCUUCCAAAUUGUUUCUUUUUGUUUCGUCUUCCAGAAGACUGCUGGAGUUUUAUUGUUUGGAAUUGGUAUUGAUAGAUCGUUAAGUAUGGGAUUUGACAAACAUUGCACAGUUUAAAAAAUUGUAUCGCUCGAGAAUAAAAAAAGGUGAACUGAUGAUUUAUGUCUUGUGUUUAUUUAUACUAACAACUAAAUAGAUACAAAUAGUAAGUAUUAAUGUAAAAUAUAGUUAUAUAACACUAUUGAGAUGGAAUAAACAUAUAUAAAGGGAUCUCACUAAAAUAUUUUCACAAAACAAAUUAAAUAUUAAUAUGUAAGGUAAUUAGUAUAUUUAUAACGAUUAUAUGUAAUCGCGUCGGAUUUCUGUUUGCUCACGAGUCUGAGUUAGACGGUUCCAUAAACAAAUGAUAUACGAAUUUUACUAGCAGCGAUACCAAAUUAAGGCAUUUUUGUACUAAAAUAAUAUAGAUUAAAUAUAACAAGACAUAAUUACGGUUCAACUUGAAAGAAGCCAAAUGGGAUAGCUUUUCUUUGUAAUAUAAGUUUAAAUAUGUUAGUUGUAUGUUAAGAGGUUAAUUUAUAUUAGUAGUAAGCGUGUAGGUCGCGGGUUCGAGUGACGGCGCAUGGGCGAGGCUGUUUUUUUGUUAGUUUGAUGUGCCUGAUUAGUGGAAUUGCAUGAAUCACUGUCUAAAUAUUUUAGUUGCACCCGUUCGGCCGGCGGUC